GUUCUACAUUAAUGUGCUUUUGUACACGCAUUACCACUACUAAUAUUUGUUCGCAAUGUUGUACGAAUACUAAUUAUUUCACUUAGCAAUGUCAAGCUUCUUCGUCUAUCCUUCUUCCACUCGACUCGAAAGUGUGGUAUAAAAAGAUCAGAAAUACAUCAUUCGAACAAUUGUAAGCGUUAAACAGUAAAACAAUCAAUCUUCCGUAAAAAAGUACGAAAAAUAACCACCUUCGGUCCGCCAGGUGGCAGCGAUAUAUCUCAGUACUUACAAGACAAUUUUUCAUUGCUUCGUAGAAAAUUCUAGAAACAAUAGUCUGUCCUUUAUCUCUAGCAAAAUAUCAAAAAAAUCACUACUAACUAAAAAAAUCUGUUACGAUUGAAUACAUUCUUUGAACUGGAAACAUUUCUUGCAAUUUUUAAGUUCUGACAAAUUCGUUUAUUCUCAAGCAUUUGAUGCAAUAGACAUGCUGAAAAACAAAAUAUUAUCUCUGGUUAAAUGUUAUAAACAAUGCAAGUAUAAUCACUGAAUCAAUGCCACCACCUAACCGAGAUUAAGCUUUUGUUCUGUUUGUCUAUAUUGAUACAUGCGCUUGGAAUUUUUACUAAUUUUAUCUAAAUUGCCACUAAAUGAUAAUAAUUAUCUAAUACACUUUUGGACAGGCAACCAAAUUAUUUCGCAGUAACUUCAGUGCGAAAGUUUCCUGGCGCAUAAAUGUCUGUCGGGUUGAUUCAAGUUGACACCGUAAAAGUUUAAUUAUGUUAUGUUUUUUAGUAUAUUUGUGCUCAUUUGAUAUAAUUGAGAGGUUAAAAAGCUCGCCACAAUAUGCUACAAUAAUUGUCGCGAAUUACAAUUUCUUCCAAUCACAAGAAGUUUAACAUACAUAAUAAUGUAACUAUUAUUUUAAGGCCCAGUAUUUUCAUCUCCUGGUAAUUUUCUCUGCCAUAUUACUACUGAAAUCUGUCUUCAAUUCAUUAACUUUCUGAUAGAUAAAGCGAUUGAGGUGAACAUAUACAGGCCGUGAGUGGUAGCAUACAAUUUAUGUACGUACACGUGCGAGUGGGAAUUAUUGCUGAGUGAAUGAACAAAUUGCAGUUAAUGUUUUUUAGUGAUAAUUUCGAUAUGAAAAGGAAAAAGUCGAGACCCGCACCAUUAGUACUAAUUGAAGGUGAGCCGAUUCCGAAGCCGGAUGCAGUAAGCAAACUGUCGCUACCCCUCGGCAGCGCUUCGCCCCCCGUCCUGUGGGGUGCUCGUCGCAAAUCAGGUCUUCAACUUCGUAGUGGAAGUAGCAGUGAGGGCGCAGAUCCGCGUAUGCCGGUAAGCGAUGGUCUAUCUCGAAAUCAACUCAGUGGAACUGGAACCAAUCAAUACGAUCCCGAAUAUGCUCGGAUGGAGGCUUGGUUGGAUGAACAUCCCGACUUCGUUCAGGACUACUUUCUCAGAAAAGCUACACGUCAAGUGGUGGAUUCCUGGCUCGUAUCACACGCCACGCCGGCUUCAUCAAGUGUGGAAUUAUCCUCACCAACUCAUGGCAUCCCAGGAGGGUCGUCCAGAGGCGGAUCUGGAGCGACCACGCCCGUUCGCAAAAUUUCCGCUCAUGAAUUUGAAAGAGGCGGAUUACUUAAACCGAUGAUCAGCACGGUUGACGGACAACAAACAUUCCUGACUAGCACUACAGAAGAUCCGACGGGAAAUUUGAUCACCGCCAGCCCGACACCGAACCGAAGACAUAGGCGAAGCCGGCACGAGUUGAGGCAAUUAGACGAAAAGGAACUUAUUUUUGAGCUCGUAAAAGACAUUUGUAACGAACUCGAAGUGCGAUCGCUUUGCCACAAAAUUCUGCAAAAUGUCUCCAUGCUGCUGCAUGCUGACAGGGGCUCACUCUUCUUGGUGCAAGGAGAAAGAAGUGGGGGAUGUGCUCAACAGGAUAAUGGAAGAACUAUUGCUACCCGAAGUAGAUGUUUGGUCUCAAAACUAUUUGACGUUUGCUCUAGAAGUACUUUGAUGGAAAUGGAGAAAAAAGACGAGAUUCGAAUACCUUGGGGGACUGGCAUUGUUGGUUACGUUGCUGAGAGUGGAGACCCCGUCAAUAUACCAGAUGCGUAUCAGGAUGAUAGAUUUAAUGAUGAAAUCGAUACCAUCACUGGCUACCGAACGAAAACCCUUCUUUGCAUGCCCAUCAAAGAUACCAAUGGGGAUGUCAUUGGUGUUGCACAAGUCAUUAACAAAAUGGGUGAUCAGCCCUUUACCAAGCAGGAUGAAGAAGUGUUUUCCAGCUACCUUCAGUUCUGCGGUAUCGGCCUAAGAAACGCACACUUGUAUGAAAAAUCGCAACUUGAAAUCAAACGGAACCAAGUGCUGUUGGAUUUGGCCCGCAUGAUAUUUGAGGAGCAAAGUACUAUCGAGCAUGUUGUGUUUAGGAUACUUACACAUACUCAGAGCCUCAUACAAUGCCAAAGAGUUCAGAUUCUGUUGGUUCAUCAAGGAUCCAAGAUCAGUUUUUCCAGGGUUUUCGAUUUUGAAGCCAGUGAUUUGAAUGGCGAAGAUGGCGAGUCCCGGACAAGUCCAUUCGAGAGUCGUUUUCCUAUCAACAUUGGGAUAACUGGAUAUGUCGCCACAACAGGAGAGACUGUAAAUAUUGCACAAGCAGAUGAAGACUCCAGAUUUGACCCCAAUGUGGACGAUGGCACCGGUUUCAAGCACAAGACCAUUCUCUGUAUGGCCAUAAAAAAUUCUUCGGGUGAUAUUAUCGGUGUCAUUCAACUGAUUAAUAAAUUUAGUGAUCUUCCUUUUACCAAAAAUGAUGAAAACUUUGUUGAGGCUUUUGCUAUAUUCUGUGGUAUGGGCAUCCACAACACGCACAUGUAUGAAAGAGCAAUGGUGGCCAUUGCAAAACAAAACGUUACUUUAGAAGUAUUAUCUUAUCAUGCUACUGCCAGUUUAGAAGAUGCACAAAAAUUACGGAGCUUACGGGUACCUUCUUCAGUUCACUUUCGUCUGCAUGACUUCGGUUUUGAUGAUAUUUGUAUGGAUGACGAUGAAACGUUGACUGCUUGUAUUAGAAUGUUUCUUGAUUUGGAUCUAGUCGAAAGAUUUCACAUGGACUACGAGGUCCUUUGUCGAUGGCUGUGCUCAGUAAAGAAGAAUUACAGAAAUGUGACUUACCACAAUUGGAGGCAUGCCUUUAAUGUGGCCCAAAUGAUGUUCUCGAUUUUAACGGCGACCCAAUGGUGGAACAUUUUUGGCGAAAUAGAAUGCCUAGCGUUGCUAAUUGGGUGCUUGUGCCACGAUCUGGAUCAUAGAGGAACGAACAAUUCGUUUCAAAUCAAAGCUUCUUCACCGCUGGCACAAUUGUACUCAACCUCCACAAUGGAACAUCAUCACUUUGACCAAUGCAUAAUGAUUCUAAACUCACCUGGCAAUCAACUGCUAGGCAAUAUUUCAUCGGAAGAAUAUUCCAGAGUCAUCAGGGUGUUGGAAGAGGCGAUUUUAUCGACUGAUUUAGCUGUGUAUUUUAGAAAAAGGGGAGCGUUCUUCAACGUGGUAAGAGAAGGGCCAUGCUGGGCAGUCGAAGACCACAGGGAACUCUUGAGGGCUAUGUUGAUGACGGUGUGCGAUCUUGCAGCAAUAACAAAACCAUGGGAAAUCGAGAAGAGGGUUGCCGAACUUGUUUCCUCGGAAUUUUUCGAACAGGGAGACAUAGAAAGGGAGAAGCUGAAUAUUACGCCGAUUGACAUUAUGAACAGAGAGAAAGAGGACCAAUUACCCUUAAUGCAAGUUGGCUUUAUUGAUUCAAUUUGUCUUCCCAUCUAUGAGGGAUUCGCGAUGCUAUCAGACAAACUAGAACCAUUGGUUGUUGGAGUGCGUCAAAACAGAGAUAAAUGGAUGGAAAUAGCAGCCGAUAACAGUUUGGUAACCACAACUCCAGCGGCUGUAGCUGAUGCAGAUGCGAAAGAUAGCAACGAUAACUUAUCCAAGCCAAGUACUCCUGAUUCGAAAAAUGGAAAUGUGAGCCCAACAGAGAACUGUAGAAGUUGCACCCCGAUUUCCGAUUAACCACGUAACACAUUGAUGAAAAGUGUAUUUGGUGUACCAUUCAUACAAAUACAGGAUUUUUUCUGGAAAAUGUCAUUAAAAUGGCCUAGACUCAAUGGCAACACAAUUUUACUCGAAAAAACUGAAAACUCUGGUAAAAUCACCACUGUACAUACCAAAAAAUCCAAAUCGGUAAAACAUAUAUUUAUUUAACAUAUUUUUAGAUUGAAGACUUUAGAUAGUGUUGGAGUUUUAGUCGAAACUAACCAUAUGAUAAUAAUUUGCUCUAACUUUUUAAAAAUAUACCGUUCCUACUUGAAUUACUCUUUACUGAUACAAAUCAGACCUCAAAGUGAAUUUUGUUACUCGGCAACUUUACCAAAAAAAAGAAGAGAUACAUUAAGAAAAAUUGAAACAUAACUAGGUUUUAUACUUAUGAUUUAACAUUUUUUAGAAUUUAACUACGCUUAUAUAGUUAAGGUUUUUUACUAAUAGUCACAUAUAAUCAAAAUAAUAAUAACAAAAUAAAAAAGUUUCUUGUGACGUUUCUGGUAAUACCUAGUGGUUGAUUUAUUAUGUCCAGAAAUACUCCUAAAAUUAACUUGACGAUAUUUUUGCCAACAUUUGUUGUGGGUUGUGUUUGUUAACUUCACGUUAUUACGGAGAAUAUUCAAAAAUGGUACAGUUGCCAAUAACUACUAUAUUAAGGAACCUAAUAUGAUGCAACUUAAUUUUAGUUAUUUAUUUUCUAAAAUCUCAGAUUUAGAUUUAUUUAUAAUUAAAUUAUACUGUAUUUAGCUCUCUUUCAAUGUUGCUGUGAUAUUUGCAAAAGCGGCCUUCAAUAUUUGAAUACAUCUGCGUAAAAUGAAUCCAGUACUUAUCACUAGAUCAAAAUGUAAAUAGUUUGCAAUUUUUGCAAAUCUCAACAGCAAAAUCUUCCUUGAACAUGUUUUUGUCUGUUUGUGAUAUUUCUUUACUCUGUUCAAACUCGUUUUGGCAGACGACCGUAUUUUAUAUGGUAUUAAUGAACUAUUUGAACCAAAGUGUAUUUUGUCAUAAUUUGUUAGCAAAGUUAAAAAUACCUAUAGUUAGCACGAAGAUAGGUGAGCGUGGGAUCAAGUGCUGGACAAAUUUUGGAUGAAAAAGACCCUCCUUAGGUGCUUUUAUCAAUGCACGUUGUAAAUAUAAUAAGCUUCCUUAUUAUGUUUCCUGGUAAAAAUUAAAUUUUCCGUUUUCUCAUUAAUGCGCCGCCUUUUAUUACAAUUAAAUUUUCCAAUUGCAUUAAUAAAUGGGCCUCUAAAUCAAAUAUACAACUUUUCUAUUUGAAUGUCUCAUUGUUCGAGAAAUUUAAAUAUACCUAUUGUAUAAUAAAAGCUUUGACCUGAAACUCGUUCCACCUAUUUUAGUUGCACAAAAGUGUGUAAAUAUUCUUAUUUAUUUAGUUUUCAAUUAAUUAUAAUUAUACACUUGUUUAAUUUUAUUAUUAAAUCGUCCCUCUGAAAAAUUGUAUUUGGUGUAUAUAAUAUUGUAUUGUACAAAAUGACCACAAUAAUAAGAUGUUGAGUAAUAUAUUUAUCAAUUUACA